GCCGGCGGGGCGAGGGCAGUUCCCGGCGCCGGCGCUACAUUCUCCCCCCCGGGACCCGUCGCGCAGGCCCCGAGGGUGCGGCGGCGUCCGGAGGCUCGGCGCGGGCAGAACGGAGAUAGGCGGGGAGGGGCCACAGAGUCCAGGAGUGCGGCCCGGCCCACCCGGGCCUCUCCCCUCCGCCCGGGACUGCGGCCGACGGGGCGCCCGCGGGCCGGGGCUGCAUGGGGCUCCCGCGCGUCCCUGUCUUCUGGCUGCUGCUCCUGUUCGCGGCUGUCUGCUUGGGGAUCCUCGUCGCCCUGUACUCCUCGGCGGUGGAGUCGUACCCGGGGCCCCUGACCGGAGCCAGGAACAUCACAUCGUCUCGAGCUUUCUUUGGACCCAAGGCAUCGAAUUCUACGACGAGAAAGAACCUGCCCUGUCGACACCCACUUUAUCUCGCCAUUCAACGGCACCCUCACUUCCGGGAUCUGUUUGAUCUCUCCAUUCCAGUGCUGCUGUCAGGGAACCUCUUCACCCAGGAGCUCUGGGACAGCCUGAGCCGGCACAAAGCCCCCUAUGGCUGGCAGGGGCUCUCCGGCCAAGCCAUCGCCUCCACCCUGAGCCUCCUGAAUGGCUCUGAGAGCACCAGGCUGUUUGCUGUCUCCAGGGAGCUGCUUCCGGGCUGCAUCCGGUGUGCCGUGGUGGGUAAUGGAGGCAUUCUGAAUGGUUCCCGCCAGGGUCAGAACAUCGAUGCCCAUGACUACGUGUUCAGACUCAAUGGUGCUGUGAUCAAAGGCUUUGAGAAGGACGUGGGCACCAAGACCUCCUUCUACGGUUUCACUGUAAACACAAUGAAGAACUCCCUCAUCUCCUACUCAAACCUGGGCUUCACCUCUGUGCCACAGGGACAGGACCUGCGCUAUAUCUUCAUCCCCUCAGACAUCCGCGACUACAUGAUGCUAAGAUCGGCCAUUCUAGGGGUGCCUGUCCCUGAGGGCCCCGAUAAAGGGGACAGGCCUCAGACCUAUUUUGGACCAGAAGCCUCCGCCAGCAAAUUCAAGCUACUCCAUCCAGACUUCAUCAGCUACCUGACAGAGAGGUUUCUGAAAUCCAAGUGGAUUAACACAAAAUUCAGAGACCUAUACAUGCCUAGUACUGGAGCCCUCAUGUUGCUGACAGCACUGCAUACCUGUGACCAGGUUAGUGCCUAUGGAUUCAUCACAAGCAACUACCAGAAAUUUUCUGACCACUAUUUCGAACGAAUAAAGAAGCCACUGAUAUUCUACGUGAACCAUGACCUGUCCCUGGAAGCCACCCUGUGGAAGGACCUGCACAAGGCUGGCAUCCUUUGGCUGUACCAGCGCUGACCCUGAAGCACCCAAGACCUUUGUGUUUUUGCAGAGCUGAGGCCCUUGGCCCCUCAAGUGGCCAAAGCUGCCUUCUGGUCUUUUCAGCCUGAGAGGGGCUCCAACUGUCCUUGACCCUCCCCCCGCUUCUUCCCUACAGAGGACACCGAGUGGGUGUGUGACUGUCACUGAAGCCUAUUCUUUGUGGGACACCCCACCUUGUCCUCAGCUCAUCUGGUCUGAGGCAGACAUCCCAACCCUGGCCAAGAAAAAACAGACUGCUCUCUGCUGGAUUUGUCUUUAAAACCGAAGAUAACACUCUCAAGGUGAGACUGCCCCUCACCAGCGUGAGGCAGGCAUCCUUCAUAGCUGAGCGUUCCCAAGACAGCAGUGGUACGAGGUGACUAGGAGGUCAGUGGAGCGGCUCGGGGUCUCUCAGUUAACAAAGAUCAAGCAGCAGAAGCAAACGCACGCUUCUCAGCCCAAAUCCUCCCACUAGCAUGUCCAGCUUCACGCAAACUCCAAAGCAGUUCAACUCAAGGCCAUAUCGGAACAGCCUUUCUGAGAACAGGACCGACUCACUUCUGCCCCGAUAAAUGUGAUUUGAAACUAGAUAACUGCAUAAAUGGUGGAUAACCA